CGCGCAGAGACUGCAAGUGAGGGUGCCUCGUGUGGCGCUCUGUCCAUAUAUGGUCAUCUACGUCACACAAAUGUUCCAUCCCCCUAUUUAAUACAGACACACUGGAGUCCCCUCUCCAGCUCCAAUAGAGCAAGUGGGGCCGCUCUUUUGCAACCAACGCCACCACUACCACCUCCUUCUCCUUCUCCUCCUCCUCCUCCUCCUUUUUUGAUUCACAGACUUCAAAUUCCCUCACAAGCAGCUCAUCAGCUUCCACAGUGAUCACAUUAAUAACAACUCUACUCUGCCUGAGAGCGAUCACCCAAGGAGGACACAGAGAAGAACCAGCGCAGCGCGGCGCGUCCUCGGCGGGAUACCUGGUCAGGUCCAUCCACUCCUGCUCCACUGACGCCUCAUCUACACCUGCAGCUGUGUUUUGUUUUUGUUUGUUUGUUUUAACUCAACUUUUUUGGCUGGAACUUCUUGGGUAACCGGCGCCGCGUCCUUCAUAAAUGUCGUACUGAAUAUUAACUGCUAUGACAGGGAAACUAGCGGAAAAGCUCCCUCUUACCAUGAGCAGUUUAAUAAACACGAUCCCUGACAGUCUGUACCCGGAGGAGGACAUCCCGACAUCUAUGAAUAUUUUCACCAAUACGGAAUCUAUUAACCACUAUUCACAGAUGAAUACAGAUAAUAUUAUGGACCUGGGCAUGGGGAGCGAGAAGAUACCUUCAGAGAUCCAGUAUGGUUCCGGCUUUCAGUCCAACCGCAGUGGGCAGACUGUCACCUACCUGGGGAAGUUUGCCUUUGACACUCCUCCAUCAGGUGGCAUAGGAGGUUCAGGCUGGUGCUCUGAUAAUAACAUUAUCAGUCUGGUCAGCGCCGGGAUCCUGGGGGUAUCUCCAUCACCUGGCACGGUUACAGCGCAGACAUCAUCCUCUGCAGCCAGCAUGGGUGGACAAACGUCUGACAUGGAGCAGGUUUAUGGUCCACCACUACCUGCUUACUCCACCUGCAGUGACCUCUACCAGGACCAGGUCUCCUUUCACCACAGCCCCGCCACCAGCACAGCUCUACCCUACCCUGGCAAUGACUAUCACUCCACAUCCAAAGGCUCCAUGGAUGGAAGUCUUUUCUCCAUGAUCCCUGACUACAACCUUUUCCACCAUCAGGGUGAUGUUGGCGUGAUGGAACACAAGCCCUUUCAGACCAUGGACCCUAUCCGGGUCAACCCUCCGCCCAUCACACCACUGGAGACCAUCAGGGCGUUUAAAGACAAGCAGCAAAUUCACCCAGGUUUCAUCGGUGGACAGCAGCACCCUCCUCAGCACCACCCACCGCCACAGACUCUCACCCUAAAACCCACCCGGCCGAGGAAGGAC